AUGUCUAGCUACGCGCUCCCCAAGUCCCACCAGGACCUCAUGGAGAAGUCCCUGGUGGACACUGACCAGGAGGUCGCAGACAUCAUGACAAAAGAGAUCCAGCGCCAGCGCGAGUCCAUCCUGCUCAUCGCCUCGGAGAAUGUCACGUCCCGCGCCGUCUUCGACGCUCUUGGCUCGCCCAUGUCGAACAAGUACUCUGAGGGUUACCCAGGUGCACGAUACUACGGUGGCAACGAGCACAUCGACGCCAUCGAGCUACUUUGCCAGAAGCGCGCCCUCGAGGCUUUCGGCCUGGAUGCUGAGAAGUGGGGUGUCAACGUGCAGUGCUUGAGCGGUAGCCCGGCGAACUUGCAGGUCUACCAGGCCAUCAUGAGGCCGCAUGAGAGGCUGAUGGGUCUUGACUUGCCCCACGGCGGGCAUUUGAGCCACGGUUACCAGACUCCCCAGAGGAAGAUCUCCGCUGUUUCCACCUACUUCGAGACCUUCCCUUACCGCGUAAACCUCGACACGGGCAUCAUCGAUUACGACCAGCUCGAGCAGAACGCCCUGAUGUACCGCCCCAAGGUUCUCGUCGCUGGUACUUCCGCCUACUGCCGCGAGAUCGACUACGCCCGCAUGCGCGAGAUCGCAGACAAGGUCGGCUGCUACCUCAUGAUGGAUAUGGCUCACAUCUCCGGCCUCGUCGCUGCUGGCGUCAACAAGUCGCCCUUCCCUUACUGCGACGUCGUCACCACCACCACCCACAAGUCUCUCCGUGGACCCCGUGGCGCCAUGAUCUUCUUCCGUAAGGGUGUACGCAAGACGGACGCGAAGACCGGCAAGGAGACACUGUACGAUCUUGAGGGCCCCAUCAACUUCUCUGUCUUCCCCGGUCACCAGGGCGGUCCCCACAACCACACCAUCACCGCCCUUGCCGUCGCGCUUAAGCAGGCCCAGACCGAGGACUUCAAGCUCUACCAGCAGCAAGUCGUCAAGAACGCAAAGGCCCUCGAAGUCGCCUUCAAGGAGCGCGACUACAAGCUCGUCACCGACGGCACAGACAACCACAUGGUACUCAUCGACCUGAAGCCCUUUGCUCUUGACGGCGCGCGCGUCGAGGCCGUCCUUGAGCAGGUCAACAUUGCCUGCAACAAGAACACCACUCCCGGUGACAAGUCGGCCCUCUCGCCCAUGGGUAUCCGCAUUGGCGCACCAGCCAUGACGUCCCGUGGCCUCGGCGAGGAGGACUUCAAGAAGAUCGCCAACUACAUCGACAUCUGCAUCAAGAUGUGCAAGAAGAUCCAGUCCGAGCUUCCCAAGGAGAACAACAAGCUCAAGGACUUCAAGGCAAGGGUUGCCUCGGGUGAGGUCGACGAGAUCAACAACCUGAAGAAGGAGAUUGCGGCUUGGGCUGUGACUUUCCCCCUUCCCGUCUAA